UUUCUUUCAUUCCCAUUUUCAUCUCAUUUUCUGCCUAAUACCCCCAUGUUUCUCUCCACAACAUCAUUUUCUUUCACUUUCUCAUCCACUUUCUUUUCCUUCUCCCACCCUAUAGUCCCUCUUCUCUCUCUCCUCCACUGACCUGCAAAUCUUUUCUCCAUAUAGUCUCUCUACUUUCCCAAAAACGCCUCUCUCUCUCUCACUCAAGUUCAUUUUUCUUGGUCAUGGUUAUGUUCACAAGUAGUACUGUGUGUGUGGUGGAGAAGUUGGACAACCAGCUACCACCACUAGUGGAGGCGCCACCACUGGUGGUGGUGGUGGAGCAGAGCCACUCGACUCACCGGUCAAUCGAGACACUGGUAGUUGUGCUGGCAGUGAUAACCAUACUUGGUGUUAUUGCUGGGAUCAUUGCCAGGCUAUGCGGCGGAAGACAUUUGGGCGGCACAGGAGAGCAUGACAUUGAAGGAUGGGUGGAGAGAAAGUGCCGGAGCUGCAUUGAUGCCGGAGUACCGGCUGCUCCACCACCACCGCCGCCGCCGCCACCACCAGCACCAGCUGAAACAAAGGCUGCAGCCACAGAAGAAGCAAAGAAGUGAGAAGAGAUAGAGACAGAGACUAUAAUUAACAUGAGUUGAUCAUUACAGGUAAGUUAGGGGAACAUUUGAGAGAGAGAGAGAGAGAUUAAAAGAGAUUUGAAGCAUCAUUUCCACCAUUUGAUUGUAAUGAAGGGGGUGGAGUGGGGGAAGAGUAGUCUAGUAGUGACUUAAUUAAGUAGAAUCUGUAGCUUGCAUGCUUUCCAAAUCAGAUGAGAUCAUUUUUUGUGCCCUUCAUUUACUAUUUAUUUUAUUUUAUUUUUUAUGAGGCAUCUAGGGUUUCAUCCAAACUAAUUUCUGGGUAUAUGUAGUCUUUCCGUUCUAUAUAUACUUAGGUAAAGUGAUAAAUGAUAUAUUUAACCAUUGAUUUACUCUUAAGAUUCGAACUUACGACAUUCUCUGAGUUUCCUGUUUUAAUAAGCUCUUUUUAUCA